AGUCAAUAAGACGUUAUUUUUAAUGAUUCGAACAGUGGUCACACUGGCUGCCAGCUGAAAAAUUAUUUAUUUUCUUUUAAGAAUAUUUUUCAAUUAAAAAUAGUUCAAAAUGUCUAUUGCCAAGCGUGUGCAGCAAUGGGCAACAUUCGCUCGCACUUGGCACAUUUACGAUUGCACUUGGCAGAAUCCCUUCGAGUCCGCUAAAUUGGUUAAAACCCAUUUAAUGGGCCUGCAAAAGCCCAUAUAUCAUCCCAUGAUCUCCACUCGCAGCUUGUGCACUUCACACAAACUACUCCCGAUUUACCAGAUACAGAAACGCAAUAUGGGUCGCUUGGGAAACGUUGAUCCUAGUUCCUACUCGCAACCGGAUUUGAUCACCACGGAGCACAGUGUUCUUAACUGGAAAGUCGAUUUUGGGGCCACCAAACUUCAAGGAAGUGUGCUCCAUCGCUUUAAAGUUCUGACUGCUAGUCUCGAUAAGAUUCUCCUGGAUGUUCGUGAUAUCAAUGUAACCAAUGCCACGUUGUUAGCCGGAGGCAGUGAACUACCGAUCAACUAUUUUAUAAGCGAUGCCAUCGAUGAUAUUGGUCAGAAGCUAACGCUGGAGUUGCCAUCUGGAACGGCUAAGGGCAGCCUCAAUGUUCGCAUCGAUUACGAGACGUCGAGCAGCGCCAGUGGGCUGCAGUGGCUGAAUCCCACCCAGACUUUGGGCAAAGAGCAUCCCUAUAUGUUCUCCCAGUGCCAGGCGAUCCAUGCCCGCUCGGUGAUUCCCUGCCAGGAUACGCCGGCAGUUAAGUUUACCUAUGAUGCCACAGUGGAGCAUCCCAGUGAGCUGACUGCUCUGAUGAGCGCCCUCAUCGAUAAGAAGGAGGCUGGAAAGACGCACUUCAAGCAGGAGGUUCCCAUUCCCGCCUAUCUGGUGGCCAUUGCUAUUGGCAAGUUAGUUUCCCGCCCGCUUGGAGAAAACUCGAAUGUCUGGGCAGAGGAAGCCAUUGUGGAUGCCUGUGCCGAGGAGUUUUCCGAAACAGCCACCAUGUUGAAGACUGCCUCUGAUUUGUGCGGUCCUUAUGUCUGGAAGCAGUAUGAUCUGCUGGUGAUGCCUCCAUCGUUUCCAUACGGUGGCAUGGAAAAUCCCUGCCUGACUUUCGUGACCCCAACUCUUUUGGCCGGCGAUAAAUCCCUGGCUGAUGUUGUGGCCCACGAGAUUGCCCACAGCUGGACUGGUAAUCUGGUGACCAACAAGAACUUCGAACACUUCUGGUUGAACGAGGGCUUCACUGUGUUCGUGGAGUCCAAGAUCGUGGGAAGAAUGCAGGGCGCCAAGGAGCUGGACUUCAAAAUGCUCAGUAAUCUUACCGAUCUGCAGGAAUGCAUCCGCACUCAACUCGAUAAGACACCCGAGCUGACCAAACUGGUGGUGGAUCUGUCUAACUGCGGACCCGAUGAUGCUUUCUCCUCAGUGCCUUACAUCAAGGGUUCCACAUUCCUGCGUUAUUUGGAGGAUUUGUUUGGCGGCCCCACCGUUUUCGAGCCUUUCCUGCGGGAUUACCUGAAGAAAUUCGCCUACAAAUCGAUUGAGACAAAUGAUUUUAAGAGUGCUUUGUAUGACUAUUUCAUUGAUACCGACAAGAAGGAUAAACUAAGCGCGGUCGACUGGGAUUUGUGGCUGACCACGGAGGGAAUGCCGCCAAUUAUCCCCAAAUUCGACGAGUCGCUGGCUAAUGUGACCAAGGAAUUGGCCACUCUCUGGAGCUCCAAGAGUGUCGCUGAACUGACCGACAGCGCAGAGAUCAAGCAGAACAUUUCCAUUCACCAGCUCAUUGAUUUUCUGGGCAAACUUAUCGAAAGCAAGGAUAUUGUUGAUUUGACUGAGCGUAAGAUUGAGCUUCUGGAAGCCACAUACAACUUGAAGAGUUCCAAGAACGCCGAGGUUCGCUUCCGUCUCAACCGUUUGAUUAUUCGUGCCCGUUUGGCCAAGCGUCUGGAUGAGGUUCUUGAAUUUGCCAACUCCAAUUUCCGCAUGAAGUUCUGUCGCCCUAUCUACCGUGAUCUGGCUGGCUGGCCGGAAGCCAAGCCCGCUGCUAUUCGCAACUUUGUCAGCGUCAAGGAUCAGAUGAUGGCCGUGUGCUCGCACACAAUUGAGAAGGAUCUGGGAUUGAAGUAAAUUUAAGUCUGACUAAUGCAUUUUUUAAACUUCUAAAUUAAACAAUAAACUUGUUGCGCAACUAAAA